AUGGUCCGCCAAUUCAAGCAUCACGAGCGCAAGCUCCUCCGCAAGGUCGACUUCCACAACUACAAAUCUGAAAACGACCACCGUGAACACACCGUCCGCGCACGCUACCACCUUCAAGACCCGGCCGACUAUCGCAAAUACAACGUCCUCGCGGGUUCCCUGCGGCAACUCGCGCACAAGCUCUCAGCACUAGACCCCGAGACGGACCCCGUCCGGAAACAGAUUGAGAGCGAUGUGUUGGAAAAGUUGUGGCGGAUGGGGGUGUUGAAGCAGAGUCGGGAGCAGGGGGCUGGAUUGUCGAGGGUUGAAAGGGAGGUUACGGUUUCUGCGUUUUGUAGGAGGCGUUUGGCGGUGUUGAUGGUUAGGAGUGGGAUGGUGGAGAAUGUUAAGGCUGCGAUUACGUUCAUCGAACAGGGUCAUGUGCGUGUCGGAACUGAGGUGGUCACCGACCCUGCGUUCCUGGUGACCCGGAAUAUGGAGGAUUUCGUGACGUGGGUGGAUUCCAGCAAGAUCAAGCGCAACAUCAUGCGUUACCGCGACAAUUUGGACGAUUUCGAUUUGAUGUAA